AUGGGUCAAUCAACAAGCGUAGAAACCACAAAGAACACAGAGGAUGAAGAAGAACAAACACAGGAUAAAAGAGCAAGAAGCAAGAAAUUUGACCUGAAGAAUAUAAAUGAUCACGCUCAAGACGACGUCACUCAGUCUCCGACUGAUUCAUUCUUUCCAAUUAUGAAUACCGCUGAAGCCCCCUCAGAUGAGACGGUGGCCAUGUCUUCAUCUGUUGUUGAAACAACAAGUUCAUUAAAAGAGAAUUCUUUUAAAUCAAAUAGAAAUGCUAAUAAUUCAGUUGGUAUUGCAUCAAAGAUAAUCCCUAAAAGACCUUGGUCAAGUUAUCAUCUGUUUCAAUUAGCAAAUACAACUACCAACAACAGUAUAAGUGAUAGUAAAGCAAGAAUGAUACGUUCACCAAGAAUUAGGCCAAGGGAAACCAAGGGCACUGAUACCAAAUCAAAGGCGAGAAUCAAGUUUGCUGAACCACCCAAGCCGAUAUUCAAUAACAACAGGCACCAGUUAGAGAAACUAGCCAAGCAAAAUGCAGAAAUAGACGAAAUAAUCACAAUGCUUCAUCACCAUAAAAUAUCUGAAGAUGAGCCUAUUAUUAAUCAAACAAACGAUUAUGUACCUUCUUCUGAAUUUCAAUUCUCAUUUCCUACAGCCAACAACAAUGGUACCUAUAUACCUCGACAGCAAUACCUAGUUCCACCACCACCACCAGUUAUUAUUAACGAUGAAGAAGAUGAGGAUGAGGAUGAGGAUGAACUACAACAUGAUAAUAAUAAUAAUAAUAAUAAUAAUCAAUUCAAAUAUGAUGUGAUUAAGAAUAGAAAGAUCUUGCCGCUGCCAAAACGUAAACUAAGACGCAAUCUUGAUUCAACGUCAGGAAUAAGCAGUAAUGGAUCUUCAGCUUUAUCUUCACCUAUACCAAGCCUACCUUCUUCCCCUUUUACCUUUUCAUCUGAUAAACCUAUGCCCAAGGUAUCCUUUCUUACAGAUGCCAGUCGUAACUUGUUACAACAACAACAGCAGCAGCAACAACAACAACAAUAUCAAGGACAAGUUCAACAAACGCAACAACAGUCUCAGCAGCAACAACAGGAUUCGUCCAAUGUAGGCAGUGCUGUAGAUAGUACUCACAAUAGAAAGGAUAGACCAAACAUGUCAAAAAAGAUAAAGAGCAUGGAAAGGGUACACACGACACUAUUGAACGAUGAGGUAACCAUGAUUGGCAAACGAAAAGAAAUCACUUCAAAUAAUCCCGUGUUCAAGUCACCACCAAAGAUGGAAGUCUUUACGAAAUACAAUCCUCCAAAAGUGUUUGAUUUCGCCAAUUUCAACUUUCAAUUCAAUCCAGAUCUUAAUAACAAUAAUAAUAGUAGUAGUAAUAGCAGUAAUGAAACAAAAAAGAUGAUUCAGAAUACCCAUAAACCAACAACAACCCCUUUUAUUGCACCAGAUCAGCCUAUGUCUACUGCUACAUCCAAUGAUCCUAGUACGAAUACCACUACGUCAACCACUAUACCAACUUUUGGCCAACAUGCCACUUCGGGCAAGCCUAUAAAAGGAUUAGAAACUAAAAAGAUCUUGAAUGCUAAAGCACCCUCUGCUGCUAUAAAACGGCCUUCUAUCAGUCAACCAACCAACACGACAACAAAUAAUAGCACAAGCACAACUACGGCCAAAGCCAAGAUUAAGCAAGAAGGCGAAAGUAAAAAGAAGACAGCUACUUCCAAUAGUAAAUCAAACAAAAAGAAUAAGAAAUCAAAAAGCAAGAAACCAGAGGAAGCUUCACCAGGAGGGUUCCUGUCGUCUGACAUUACAUUAUUUGAGAAUCCUCUUUCUGAUGAUUGGAUAUGCUUCUUUUGUCAAUUUGAUAUCUUUUGUCGUGGAUUUGAAGAUGCAAAGAAAAAGAAUGGUUAUUACAGACGAAAAAAGGAAAGACUACGCAGAGCAAAUGAGGCAAGAAGGAUAGCAGCGGGUGGUGGUGGUGUAGAGUCUUCUGAGGAGCAAUUGGAAGAAGAACAUCGUCAUUAUCAUCAUCACCAUCACCAUCAUGCAUAA